AUGGUGACGAACACCAACAACCACGGGUUCACGAAUUGCCAGGAGGUCGGUGGGAGCGUUCGCUCCGAGACGCCUGGCGGGCCCACGGUGGUGCGGGCCAGGCUCGUGUCUUCCGCGAGCGCGUCCCACAGCAGUCAGUUCUUUGCUCACUACGACCUCCUGCUUCAGGAGAUCGAGAGCUUGAGCGAUGCUCCGGGUGAGAUGGAUCGUGCCCAGGCAGGUCACAGCAGCGCCUCCAGCAAAGUAGUUGACGAGGCCGCGAAGUUGAACAUGGCCAAAAUAUCAAUGGAGCACUACGACUAUCUGUUGGCAAAGAACCGCGGGAGCCUGAUCUACCGCACUCCGUUCCAGCCAUCCACAUGGUUGAGGGGUGGCCGUAAGGGGCGCAUCUCGCGCUGCGAGGCCAAGCGCCACCUGUGCACCAGCGAGGUGUCUCGAUGCACUGAAGCGUUCAAGUCUGCUCAACAGGUGUGCGCUGCUCAAGAAGACAUUGUGAAUCAAUGGGCCGGCAAGGUGGCUCGUAAGUCGAGCGCAGAGGCGGAGGUGGCCAGCAUGCGCAGCGACGUGGUCGCCAAGAACCGUUCUGCCGAGCUCUCCCGCCUUGAGGGCACAUGUGCCGCUGCCAGAGUCCAGCGAGACGAGGGAAAGGUUACGCUGGAGAGCCUGACGCAAAUGGAACGCUUGGCGCAGCAGGCGCAUGCCAAGCUUUUCGAGGCCUACAACAAGCAACUCGUCGCACAGGGGCAGCACGCAGAGGCCGAGCGGCUGGCCUUGCGCGGCGGCAGCAGCAGCAGUCUGGAGCAGGCGGCGAAGAUGUCCCGCGACAGGGGCGUGAAGGAGGCCCUACAGCUGGCGCAGGAGGCGACCUCCUUGCUGCAGGAGGCAUUCUCGGUGAUCCCGGCGGCGGUGUGCCAGGUGCAGCCCGGCCUCGCGGCCAGGGCGGGGGGGCCCGGCGCCCUCGGGGGGCCCGCGGGGCAGGGCUGCUGGCAGGCUGGGGGGAUGUUCGACAUCGGUGCUGGAUUUGGUGCCAUGCUGACUGGCCUCAGUGUAGGAAACGAUAUCCAGCAGAACAUAAAGAACAUUAUGAAUUGCGAACGUGUGCUCGAUCAGCAGCUCGGGAAGGUCAAGGCUCUCGUGGGGAUCUACGAGCGCGACGUGGCCGUGUUGGAGCAGUCUUUGGCCGAGUAUGUGCAUCAGUUGGAUAUUGAAGCGUCCCGCAUCUUCGAUGAAGUCCGAUUCAACGCUAGCCACAGACGCUCAGUGGUUUAA